GGGUACUAUGCGAAAGCUAAAGGUAGGUAUAUAAGGAUAUAGAAGCAACGACGAAGAGGUAAGAGCUGAAAAUGGAAAUAAUCACGUGAUUACGGGGAAAUCUGAGCCACGACACUAGGCUUGAUGCAGUACUUUGUAUUCCAAACAAGCAAACACAGAAUGCGGCUGACGUACAUUCUCGUAUUGAGAAUUUGGAUCUCAGGAUUCGAAACUUCAAAUACAUUAUUCUAUGUGUUUGUUGGUGGUCGAGAUCAAUUAGAAAAAAAUCGCCUCUGCUGACGCUAACCCGUGCAAUACAAGUAGACUUGUAUGCCAAUUGGAUGUUGACUUUGAUCUUGUCUUAUCUUGGAGCUUAUAAAAAGGUGACGACUUUGGAAUCAAUUGUGCCGGAUCAAAUACAUGAGCUUUAAAAUGGCCGAUGAAUCCCAAGAUGCAUCCUUCACAUCAUUUUGGCAACGAUCUGUUGAUAAGAUCUCGUCUCAGAAGGUCAAAUUUAUGCCAAAUAUCACGAGGCUUAAGAAUUCCAAGGACGAGGAUAGCGAAACAAAAUCUGGUACAGCUCAAAAACAACAUAGACGAGCCCAAGUCCGACGAGCUCAAAUAGAACAUCGACAGCGAAAAGAAAACUACGUCAAGCAUCUUGAGGAAGACGUCAUACGUCUUCGUGGGAUGAUUACUUCAACAGAAAAUGAAAGUUCGGCCCUGAUGAAUGAAAACAGAGCAAUAGAAUCGAUUUUAUCGGCUUCAGGCAUUAAACCUCUUUCGAGUCUGCACUCGCGAGAUCGAGGCUCACCUCCAAACAAACCGAUCAAUAUGCUUUCUCCACAAGAAUAUGUCUCGCCCGGUGACCUUACCACCUCCAAUUCGACCCAAGGAACGAAAUCUACCAUUAGAACUGUUGACUACGAGUCAGAAAAUGAUAGACUUUCCAGCUAUAUCAGUGAUAUGCUUAUUACUCAGGACAGUGAUCCACUCACUAAUUACUUCUCCGACCUUCAUGAUGUACCAUAUUUGAGUACCACACACGGCUCUCAUAUUAAUAUCCAGUUCGAUGAGUUCCUAAAUGCAUCUUGCCUUCAACUUAGCGAGUCUUCUGACAGUUCUACUAAGAAACAUGGGGCAACUGAUCUUUCUAAACCUUUACCACCACUUCCCGGUCAAGUGUCUGUACCUGAAAACGCAGUACUGAAACCAUCACCUGACCUAUCGCUUAUAGCGAUUAAUUUCAUUCUUGCUCUCGAACACCCCUGUCGUACCCACUUUCACCAUAUUCCAGAUAUUCCUCUCCCUUUUGACCCCACCGGGAACCCGUCCGGUCACGAGCUCAUGGCCUCCACACAUAUCUUUGCUCAAGCACCAGCUGAAGCUUUUAAUGAAUCUACUUCCGAAGUCUCGUGGUUCUCUUCUUCCAUUACGUUGGCUCAGCUAUAUGCCAUGUCGCGGUCACUACCUGUUUCGGACUUUGAAAUCACUCCUGUUCAGGCAUGGUUUAUGAUGGCCGAAAAAUAUCGUAAUGAUCUUGAGAAAGUAGUUGGACAGAGAAAUAUGAAUAGUUUGAAGAGAGGGCUGGGUGAUCUAUCGCGCUGUUAUCAAUUCGGGGCUGUGAUGGAUGUUGAAAGCUUCUGGGAGGUAGUGGAUGACGUUAUGACACAAAAUGAGAGUUGAUGACAAGAGCGGGAUCCUAAGUCAAUGCUUGUAUUUCAUUAGAACAAUUGAUGGAAGUUUUCCCCCAAACACUUAUUUUCCGAUCUGUUAUGGGUAUACAGCAAACAAUUAUGUACGAGGGGAAAGGAGCUUGACGUGGAAGUUAAAACGAGGGUACUCUUUGGACGGGACCGGUCAGACUGUGAAGGGCUUGGAAGACUUGAAUCUGUGACUUAGGAUCGUUUUACUGUGAUGCGGAUUUUUUUUAGAGAUUUCCGGAUUCCUUCGGAGCAGGCUAAUCGCAAUCCAUCUGAGCAAGAAUAUAAACCAGUUCAAAUUUGUCA